AUGAACAGGCACAUGUGGCUAUCUUCCCCAUACAUCUCCAGAUCAUUCCGCUGGGCAGGGAAACCCAACGGCACCAACUUCUUGUCCAUCCUCUUUCCAUUCCACAAUCGAUCCUCCUUCCAUGAGGACCUGGAUGUGGACCACAUGGGAGAUUUUGAGAGUGGCACCCGUUACGAAGGGGAAUCGCAAAGCCGGAUGGUGAAAGCUCUCCUGAUUGUGGCUUAUUCGGUCAUUAUUUGCAUCUCGCUUUUUGGCAACAUUGUGGUAUGCCAUGUGGUGGUCAAGAACAAGAGGAUGCAUUCAGCAACAAGCCUUUUUAUUGUCAACUUGGCUGUAGCCGAUAUCAUGAUCACCCUCCUGAACACGCCCUUCACACUGGUGCGAUUUGUCAGCAGCACGUGGAUUUUUGGAAAACUGAUGUGCCACGUUAGUCGCUUUGUCCAGUACUGCUCUGUCCACGUGUCCGUACUGACCCUUGCCGCUAUUGCUCUGGACCGCCACCAGGUUAUAAUGCAUCCCUUGAAACCCCGAAUGUCUGUUGUGAAAGGAGGGAUCUGCAUCUUGAUAAUAUGGGUGAUGGCCAGUUGCUUCUCUCUGCCCCACGCCAUCUACCAGAAGCUCAUGAGGUUUCCUUACGGAAAUAGAACAAUCCGAAUGGUGUGCCUUUCCAGCUUCCCUCCUCCGACAGACCUCUACUGGAAGUAUCUGGAUUUGACCACCUUUGUACUCCUGUACGUUCUGCCUUUGUCAGUGAUCUCUGUCACUUACACAAUGGUUGCCAAGAAACUCUGGAUGAGGAACGCCAUUGGCGAUGUGACCAUGGAGCAAUACUAUGCCCAUCAGCGGAAAAAGAAGAUGACCCUGAAGAUGUUGAUGGUAGUCGUGGUGGUUUUUGCCGUCUGCUGGUUCCCCUUGAAUUGCUACUUGAUCCUCAUGUCCAGCCAAGCCAUCCAUAGCAACAAUGCCCUUUACUUUGCGUUCCAUUGGUUUGCAAUGAGUAGCGCCUGCUACAACCCCUUCAUCUACUGCUGGCUGAAUGAAGGCUUCCGCUCAGAACUCAAGGCCCUGCUGGGCGUGUGCUGCAGGAAGGAGGCUUCCAGGGACCAUGCCUUGCAGUCCAUAUCGGCUCACUUCAGGCAUGCCUGGGAUGAGAAUUACUCCUGCAAACAAGAUGCCACCACUCAGCAGACGAGAGAGACUUCUCACAGAAACUCUGCACGGACAGAUAUCUCCAUUGUCCACCCCAUCAUAACAGGCAGCUAA